GUCUUCCUGCCUACCCUGUGUCAUAAAAAUGGGGGGCCCUUACUGCAUUAUCAAGGGGAAGGUAAGACUGGGACGUCUAGUCCACAGGAAGAGAGGCACUGCUGUUACCUUCACACAGGUCAACUUGGAAGACAAAGGAGCUUUGACUGAGCUGGUGGAAACUGUCAGGACCAAUUACAACGACAGAUACAAAGAGAUCCGCUGUCACUGCGGAGGCAAUGUCCUGGGUCCCAAGUCUGUGGCUCGCAUUGCCAAGCUCAAAAAGGCAAAGGCUAAAGAACUUGCAACGAAACUGGGUUAAAUGUACACUGUUGAGUUUUCUGUACAUAAAAAUAAUUGAAAUAAUAGAAAUUUUCCUU